GCUGUCUGCGAGGCGUAAACAUACGCUGAAGAGCUGUAUGCUGACGGUGGCCGGUACUUUACUGGAGGCCGAAGCAUCAACCAAGGCUGAUGAAAGGGAGAAGUUUCUAGCUGGAAAAUGUCCUCCUCUGGACCUGCCCUACGCCAGGGAUGAGCUGCUGGAACUUUGCAAAACACUUCACGAGCAAAUUGACGCCAGUGAGGAGGAGAGAUACUGCAUUGAGUUCAAGCUGAAGAUGGUCCUCGAUGAGGUCAAAGACCUCAACAUCAAGAUCGUGGAUCUGAGAGGAAAGUUCAAGAGACCUCGGCUGAAGAAGGUCCGUAUGUCUGCUGACGCCAUGCUGAAGGCUCUGCUGGGCUCCAAACACACAGUCAACAUGGACCUGAGGGCCAACUUGAAACAGGUCAAGAAGGAGGUGAAAGAGGAGGACAAGCAGCUGCGUGAUGUGGGCGACUGGCGUAAGAACAUCGAAGACAAGUCUGACAGGAAGAAGAUGUUUGACAGUUAAUUUCCACCGGUUGCCAUUUGAUUUUCAGGACAGAAUUCAGGUCUCACGUCUUUGUAACUGAAGAGUUUUAUCUCAUAAUGCUUCAUAUCCAAAACUGGCCUGAUGGCUGUAGUGGCUCGACUGAUUGGACAGUGGUGGUUGUACCAGAGAAAGUGAUAUAUAACGCUAACUUUAAUCACAAAUGAAUGAAGUGGGAUAAGGCAGAUUAUGGAAGUUGGAUUACUAUUUAUUUUUAAUCCUCUGGAUUUUGAAUUUGUCACUUUGGAAUAAAACUCUUCAGAUGUAUUUAAAUGAAGCUUCCCUUCUGCAUUAGCCUUUUGUCUUUGUUCUGUGAUGUAUUUCUGUUGUACCUUAAAAAAACAGGACAUGAGAAGUGAAUCCAGAUCACAUUUCUGCAUCACAAUAUUUCAGUAUUUACAAACUACCUACUCAAACCUGACACGUUCAAAUUUUCUCCAAGUUUGUGUUUUUUGUGUUUAAGGUUAAUCCAUUAUUAUUUUGUUUUGGCCCACAUAUUCCCUUGUUAUUUCCAUUAGUGCGUGGUCUAAGCUGCAUAAGAGUGAUGGAGACAUUCGAUAAUGUGUCCUUCAGAAUGUCUUUACUACAGAAAGAUAAAAAAACAUAUUAAUAUUAUGUUAAAAUCUUAAAAUUUGGUUAUUAAAGUUAUCUGCUAACAGUCACAUCUCCUGUUUCCAAAAGUCAUUUCUUGUCAUCUUUUCUAAAAAAGUGUUCACAGCCCAAUGUGAUACUGUUUUUGUCUUGAUUCUUUCACAUUAAAGUACGUAGCCUUCGUGUU